GGCUGAAGGAGACGACGGAGCAGCUGGUGAAGAAGAAGCUGGAGGGGAAGGACAAGCUGACGCCCUGGGAGGAGUUCUUGGAGAAGAAGAAAGGCAGAAAGAAGGAGAAGAAAUCUCAAAGAAAACAGGGAGACGGCGAGGAAGAGCUCAGCGAGGACGAGCUUCCUCCUGACGUCGAUCUCAGCGACCCCUUCUUCGCCGAGGAGCUCGCUGCUACAGACGGGAAGAAGAAACAGAAGGGGAAGAAAAAGAAGAAGGAAGAGGAGCGGACAGCUGAGGAGGAAGAGGAGCUGAAGAAACAAAAGGCGGAGAUGGCUCUGCUGAUGGAGGACGAAGACGACGACGGCAAACACAAACACUUCAACUACGACAGGAUCGUGGAGCAGCAGAACCUGAGCAAGAAGAAGAAGAAGAAGCUGCUGAAGAAGGGCGAGGAGUCGCUGGAGGGCGACGACUUCCAGGUCGGACAUCUGGACCAGAACUCUAAAACCCAACCAUACAUCGAUUACUGA